AAACAAACUACGUAAAAAGAAAACAAAUACAAACGUUAACCACUAAAAUCAUCAACAAUAUUGCAAAUGAGUCAUUUAAUAUUGUAAAAAUCAGAAGAAAAACUAAUAAUUUUAAAUUAAAACAUAUACAUAUUAAAACUUCAAAAUGGGUUUAUUUGGUCAAACAAAAUCAAAAGAUCCCAAAGAGCAGGUACAAGAGUGGACGCAUAAAAUACGCAAGGAAAGCAAUCAACUUGAUCGUCAGAUUCGCAGCAUACAAAGGGAAGAGGACAAAGUGAAACGAUCCCUAAAACAGGCAGCUGCCAAAAAUGAUCGCGACACUUGCAUCAUAUUGGCCAAGGAAAUUGUGGGAGCACGUAAAGCGAUCAAUCGCAUUUAUACAUCAAAAGCCCACCUUAAUUCUGUGCAAUUGCAAAUGAAAAAUCAAUUAGCAACUUUGCGUGUGGCUGGUUCCCUACAAAAAUCUACUGAAGUUAUGCAGGCAAUGCAGAAUUUGGUUCGUUAUCCAGAAUUGGCUGGCAUAAUGCGUGACAUGUCCAAAGAAAUGAUGAAAGCUGGUAUAAUUGAAGAAAUGCUAGAAGAAACAAUGGAAUCCCUGGAGGAAACUGAAGAAAUGGAAGAGGAGGCUGCCAAGGAAGUCGACAAAGUUCUGUGGGAAAUCACAAACGGUAAAUUGGGUGAAGCUCCAUUACCUCCCGACGAUUUGGCUGCCGCUGAACAACAAAAAGCACCAGCUGCUGCUGUUGCAGUGGCCGACGAUGUUGGAGAUGACGAUGAAGAGGAGGACCUACAGGAAAUGCAAUCGCGCUUGGCGUCGUUACGUUCAUAAAUCUUAUCCCAAGAAGGCUAAGCAAAAUUGAAUCAUAUAUGUAUUUUUAAAUCUAUCAUAUAAUUUUUUAAUCCAUUUUUUUAUUAAAUGGCUUUGUUUAAUUUUUUAAAAAUAUAUUUAUUUUGCUUAAAUUAAUCGUAUGUAUUUUUAAGUUUUCAUUUAAUUUGUUAAUUUUUUUUUUUAAUUCUUAUAUUAACAAUUUUAAAUGAUUUUAAAAUUCACCUUUUCUUUCAUAUAUUAAGUAUUUAAUAUCUUUUGAUAGUAUUUAAAAUAUGAAUAAAUAUUUAUUAAAAAAAGCUA